AUGUUGAUAGACUUGAUAAAGAAGAGUUCACAAGAAGCUAGAGAAAGGGAAGAAAUAUCCCGAGAAUCAUUAGAGAAAAAUCUCAGAAAAUCACUAAAGGAAGAUUUACAAGAAUCAUUAGAGAAGAAUUCACAAGAAACAAGAGAAUCAUUAGAGAAGAAUUCACAAGAAACAAGAGAAUCAUUAGAGAAGAGUUCACAAGAAACAAGAGAAUCGUUAGAGAAGCGUUUACAAGAAACUAAAGCAUCGUUGGAGCAGGGUUUACGAGAAACAAGAGAAUCACUAAAGGUUUUACAAGAAAAUAACACAUCAUUAAAGGAAGAGUUACAAGAAACUAUAGCACAAGAGAUCAAAACAUCACAGAUGAUGAUGGAAUGUAAUCUAAAGAAGGAAAUACAGGAGCUACAAGAACAGUGGAAAAUGGAUAUCAACGAGAGAGAGAAUAAGCUGCAGAAGAGCAUAGACCAAGUCCAGGGAGACGUGGAGAAGGUGGAAGGAAUGUUAACAAAAAAGAUAGAAGACGAUAUUGAAGAAACGAAGGCCGAGUUGGGGGAAAGAAUCAACGAAGUGGAAACAAAUUGCAAUCAUCGAAUCGCCGAGGUGACGCAGAUGCAGAAACAAUGCAACGAGGCGGUUAAGGGGAUAGGAGAUAGGCAAAACCAACUAGCUGUCAAUCUGAGAAAUGCUAUAGCCGUACAACGAGAAGAGGAUAAAAAAAGGGUUGAAAUGGAGGUCAAGCAGUUACAACAGGGAGUGCAGCAAUUGGAAAGCAAAACAGAAGAAAUUGAUAGUCGAAUUAGCAAUGCCACCUUAGCCGUUGGGGAAGGGAUAGAUUGGUUAAAUGAAGUUGAUGCAGUAGUGAGUUUUGAUGAAGGUACUAUCAAAGUCAAAGGAAGAAAGGGAGAAGAGAAGAGGUUGAAAUUUGCUGAGGGGAAUGUGAUCGAAGAAGAGGAAGAAUUCAGAAGAAUAAAUUUGUGUCACGAAGAUGAACCCACCGCGGGAUACGGGGAAGAGGAACCAGGAGCAGAAGUGUUGAUAUACCUUGAGGGACUAGCACGAGAGGAUAGACAUAAAGAAGACAAGAUCAGAAAAAAAUUGGAGGAGAUGACGCACCUAGAUGAGAGGACUAAGAAGAAAUUAGCUACAUGUGUUAAUGGGAACCAAGCUCUUUUUCCCAUUCCCACCCUCACUGCUCUGGAACCAAUUAGCAGAGUUUACAUGGUUGAUGGGGGUUUUCUGUUGCACAGAUUCGUAUGGUGGAUGGGGCACAUGUUCAACCAAAUUUAUAACUCAUAUCUCUAUUAUGUACCAAGUAAGCACAGUCAAGGUGCAACAAUUAUGUUCGAUGGGUACCCAGUCGUCCAGAAGACUACCAAGCCCAUCGAGCGCUUUGUGAGGCAGUCCAAAAGGGAGUCCAUGGAGGUGAAGUUUAGCAGCUCCAUCACACCAACAGUUUUGCAAGUAAAUUUUCUAUCAAAUGGGAAAAGCAAGGACAGUUUCAUCACCAUACCGAUGACAAAAUGCAAUGAAAAUGAAAUUGUCUCCAAGCAGACAGUUGAUGAUGCAGACACACUGACACAGCGAAUGCCAGAAGCCGUACCUGUUGCUCACACAAGUGUCGCAAUUGUGGGCGACGAUUUUGAACUUCUGGUCAUAAUGAUGGUCUGCAAACUUCCCCGCAGUGCAUAUUUCCUAAGGUCAGGGAGAGAUACCACACCUCGUUACCUCUACCAUCGUGGAAGUGCAGUGGAGAAGAGCCUUGACAACCACUUGCUCUUCCUCCACACAAUGAUUGGUUGGUUGCAAAGCUUACGUCUGUAUUAUUCAACCAAGCCAAAGUAA